UUCCACAUUAAUAAAAUAGGAGCUGCAGUAUUGCUGAUGGUUGAAUUCUAAAUAGGAUAGAUUAUGCAGUUCCUAAAAUGCAUUUCUACGUUUAGGGACAUGAUUCCAGUAACAACUCAUGAAAAAGACUAUUCAAAGGAAUUGGGUGAUCUGUUCUUACAAACCAAUGUAUUGUCUGAGUACUGUACACUUGCCACACCUGAAGAAAAUCUCCUGGGAUCUGUCCCAUAGUCACCUUCUCCCUUUCUAACCUGCACGCUGUAUAUAUAGUUCAAACACACAAGCCUAAAGUACCAGCUGAACAGAACUACACCAGAAACACAGAGAAUAACAGAAAAAGGUGAGCCCGUCGUAUAUGUCUGUUUAUACAUGUUUGUACAUAAAUCUGUUGUGGAAAACGAUGGUGAUAAUCAAUGUUUGCUUAUAGAUUUCUGUGGUCAAAGACCUUCUGAUAAUGCAGAAUAAACUGAUGAUGCUUUUCCUGAUGAUGAGUGUAAUUAUAGCUGCAAGUCUUCAAGUUACUGGGAAAAUGUCUGCUUCUGUUUGUGGCACCGCUCCACUCAACCCCAGGAUAGUGGGAGGUCAGGAUGCCCCUCCAGGAAGUUGGCCCUGGCAGGCAAGCCUUCAACAAAAUGGCUUCCAUUUCUGUGGUGGUUCCCUCAUCAGCAGUCAGUGGGUGUUGACUGCAGCCCACUGCUUCGACAGCUCAGAUCCACGUUAUUGGAAAGUUCUCUUUGGUCUGCACACCCUCGUGGGCAACGCACUGGCCUGUACGUUGUCUGAGAUCAUUAUACAUCCAGAAUACAAUGGAGCCACACAGGACAACGAUAUCGCUCUGCUCAGACUCUCCUCACCUGUCAACUUCACAGACUUCAUUCGACCCGUCUGUCUGGCAGCCUUUGGCAGUGCUGUUAACAAUGGUGCUGAUGUCUGGUUGACUGGCUGGGGCAACAUCAAUGAAGGAGUGUCCCUCCCUCCCCCUGGGACUCUCCAAGAAGUGUUGGUUCCCGUUGUGGGGAACAGAGAGUGUGACUGCCUGUAUGGGGUCGGCAAAAUAACAGACAACAUGCUCUGUGCUGGUUUUCUGCAAGGAGGCAAGGACACCUGUCAGGGUGACUCAGGAGGUCCGAUGGUGAUGAAGCAGAAAUCUGCCUGGAUCCAGCCUGGGAUUGUUAGUUGGGGUUUUGGCUGUUCUCGUCCCAAUUACCCAGGAAUCUACACCAGAGUGUCCCAGUACCAGUCUUGGAUCACCUCCUACAUCAGCGCCGACCCCCCAGGCUUUGUGUUUCUCUACGGUGGUGUAGAUGGUGACAGCAGUUUCAUUUGUCCUACAGCCACGCCCCCAACUACCAUUGAGGUCUUUACUGAAGAAUAUUCCAUUUUUGAUCAUGGACAGGGUUUGUUUGGCUGCCUUUAUAUUGUGAGCUCCUUGUUCAUUCUGGGGUUUGCUGCCAUUUAAAGAAUGAAUUCAUACCUUGUAGUCAAGGUUGCCUGUUUUCAUGUACUUUUCAUUUCAAUCCAGAUGUCAAAGUACA